AUGAGACUCCUAAGAGUUCUUGUGGCCUUCCUGGUUAGCACAUGUGCAGAUGCAGACGCUCCCGACGAUGAGUAUCAGAAGUGGGCCGCGACCACUUUUGAUGAAAGCGACAAGGCGGCCAUCCAGCGAGGAAAAGCGCUUAGUUGUGUCCUUUGCAACCUUCUGACCAAGACCGUCCUGGAGACGCACCAGCUGAACAAGAAGAAGCCGCUCCACGAGAGGUUUGACCAGGAUCAAACGCAGGAAGUCCUGCUGGACUUAUGUUCCGAGCUUGCGGCUCCGAUCUCGAGGCAGAUGGACGUCAUCCAGGAGGACGUGCUUAUGGUGUGCAACCGCGUCGUCAAAGAGAACAUUGGCGACAUGAUGGAUGCUGUUUCGCUGGGCGAGGAAGUCCGCGACUUUUGCACCGAGCAGAAACUGUGCGACUUGACCUUCGCAGGCAUGGAGAAGAUACAGCAGCUGAUGAUGGAGCUUGGCAUGAAGAAGGACAAAGAAGAUCUCUGA